GUAUUUAGUGUGUGUGCGUCCGCUUCUAUCUGUUUUCCCUGUGCCUGUGUUUUUGUCUGUCUCCUUCUUUCUCUCUGUCUCUGUGUCUCUGUCCCCAGCUGUUAAUAGCAGAGCCUGUCCGGCAGAGCAGCGGAUGUGUGAGGUGGAUGAUUCAGUGGCUGACAGGAAGCCCGCCGCCUUGCCUGCUGCCCUCCAGUGCCUGUGGUGUUGGCGGCAGUUUAGCAGGUGUGUGGGCCAGGAUGAGGUGGCCGCAGUGAGGAGCCCCCAGCUCUUAGCAUCUCAGGAAGAGUGGCCAGGAGAGGACAUGAGCACCGAGAUGGAGCUGCUGUGGCCUGGGGCUGCCCUGCUGCUGCUGCUGGGGGCGGCAGCCGGCCUGUGUGUGCGCUGCUCCCGCCCAGGUGCGAAAAAGUCUGAGAAAAUCUAUGAGCAGAGGAGUCUGCAAGAGAAUCAACAGAGUUUUUCAGUGGCCCGGACCUAUUCCUUGGUUAGGCAGUCCUGGCCAGCGGCCCUCGUGGACACGGCCUCUGAUGUGGCACCAAGGAAGGACAAGCUGCUGCGUUUCUCCCCCAGCACCGAAGAUUCCGCAUCCCCCAGGUACCAGAACUUCAGCAAAGGAAGUAGACAUGGGUCAGAUGCAGUCUACAUAGACCCCAUCACUAUGGACUAUUACAACUGGGAGCAAUUCCAGAAGCCCCUGGAAGAUGACGACGAUGCCAAUUCCUACGAGAAUGUGCUUCUCUGCAAGCAGAAGAGCCCUGAGUCAGUGCUCUCCCUGCAGGUGACGAGGGAUCUGAGGAUUAUCAGAACUCGGCAUCCAUCCAGCAGUGGCAGGAAUCCAGGAAGGUCCUGGAGCAGGUUCCGAGAGAAGCACCUCCCUCCAGGGCAGGAAGCUCAGAUGAGGACAGCGGGGAGCCUGAUUAUGUGAAUGAGGGUGUGGUGGCCCCGGAAGCCUAGGGAAGACGUGGAAGGAAGGAGCCAAGGGAACCGCUGAGCGCGUAGGACUACUUAUUGCUUCCCUUACUGCCUCUGAGGAAGCAAGGAGCCCUUCAUCAGAGUUGCUCCACUUCUAGACCCCCGUCAUGGGUGCUUCUGGGAGACGCGCCAGCCUGUCCCAAUGAGCACCCAUCUGGUCCCAGGAAAGGACGGUUACACGUGGAAUCACCCUCAGACCAGGCUUCCGAAGGAGCUAGCACCCAGGGUAGCCCACCCACUGCUGCCGUGGCUGCGUGCCCAGGAUUUCGGGCAAGUCACUCAUGUUUUAAAACUUGGAACAACACUGGUAUUCAUGUUCUUCUUGUUUUGGAUUUGGAUCCCAAAUUACUAAUGUCAGUUGCUGGGAUUUGUUUCUCGUGGCCUGUAAACUUAUACAAUUAAUUUAUAUAGGCAGAGCCAUAUUUAAUAGCCUACAUUUCAGGGUAGUGAUGCUUGCCCAUUGUCUCCUGUAAGCAUUACAUGACUUAAUUUGGGCAGUUGGGGGAGCCCUGGCUCUCUUUUCUUUGGGCUUCAGUUCAUUCAGGAAGAGCUGAGGCUACAGCUAUCUUUGUGACCAUUCAGGGGACAAGGCGCAUCACGGUCUGGAAGGGGCAGGCAGGGUGGAGGACUGGCCAGGAUGGGCACCCCCCAGCUGCCCUGAAAUCCUCCCUUGCCCCAGAACUGGCCUCAGCUUAGCUGAUUGGGCAGUGACAUGACUGUCUCAUGGAAGGGCAGGGGUCCAAAGGGACCUUCUGAGUCAGAAAAGCCACAGUCUGGGAAAUAAAAUGCUCCCUCCAACCUGAAUGCUUCAAUAAACUUUUAGUUUAAGAGCAGUAUUUCUCCUGUCUGCUUUCCCUGUUUAGUGCAAACCUUCUGAGGGAAUGAAGGUCAAGCUCUUGUUUAACAGCAAGGGACACUGAGGCCUGGAGAGGGGAAGGAGGGGGCAGGAACUUUGUCCCCAAGCCCAGUCCUCUUCCAGGAUGCCACACAAAUUCUUGGCAUGAGAAGUCAAUGCCACAAGUUAGGAAACUAGAAGGAAAAACAGCUCAAACAUAACGGUAGGCCACUUGUCACCUCACACCCUGGAGUCCUGCCCCCAUGGCUCCUUGCUGCAGGGACCUGAAGCCUCUGCGGGCCUGGGGUCCUCACCUGCAAACCGGGCAAAAUCAUCCUUUGCCUCACAGGGACCAGGUGGCUCUGGAUCAAAAAUGAGGCUGAGCAAGUACUUGAGAGUAAUUUGUAAAACUUCAGUGUGGUUUUUGACCACCUUAACUUUUUUCUCCUCCUUGAAACUGUAAGCCAAUGAGCCUGUCUGUGUCACUUUAGUGUCCAUAUUCAGUAGUGUGGUCUGGACG